AUGCCGGAUUGCGAUGAGCUUGCGAAUGUACUGAAAAAAGACAGUAACAUUAUUGUGACGAAAGUAGGAUGUCCCUUCUGCAUAAAAGCAGUAGAUCUUUUGAGCGAAUGGAAGAUUGAGUUUCGUGACUUUGAUGGAGCCAAGAAUAGAAGUCUUGACGAAGCGAUCAGUACGAAAUACAGCCACAGUACCUUUCCAAAGAUCUUCUUGAAAGGCAAGUUUAUUGGUGGAUUUGAUAGGUUGAGUGAGUAUGUGAAAACAAAGGAGUUUAUAGAUCUGUUUGGACCUAAGAAAUAA